UUGCCAAGCUCAGGAAAAGGACAUUUCUUCCYGGAACACGCUGCUCCCUUCUCUGCUUUUUUGACAGACAGCUUUGGGCGUCAGCACAACUACUUGCGAAUUUCUUUGACAGAGAAAUGCAAUCUCAGGUGUCAGUACUGUAUGCCGGAGGAAGGUGUUCAGUUAACCCCUAAAUCAGAGCUACUAACUGCUCAGGAGAUAAUCACCCUAGCCAAGCUAUUUGUGAAAGAGGGUGUAGAGAAGAUCCGACUCACAGGAGGAGAGCCACUUAUUCGCCCUGAUGUGGUUGAUAUUGUGGGUCAGCUGAACAAGCUGGAAGGGCUGAAAACCCUUGCGGUCACAACCAAUGGGAUCAACUUAGCCAGGCUGCUGCCCCGGCUGAAGGAGGCAGGGCUGAAUGCCGUCAACAUCAGCCUGGAUACUUUGGUCCCGGCUAAAUUUGAGUUCAUUGUCCGAAGGAAAGGCUUUCACAAGGUAAUGGAAGGAAUCCACAAAGCUACGGAAUUGGGAUAUCAUCCUGUUAAGGUGAACUGUGUGGUGAUGCGAGGCUUCAAUGAGGAUGAACUGCUGGACUUUGUGGAUUUCACAAAGGAUCUGCCCCUUGACGUGAGGUUUAUAGAGUACAUGCCCUUUGAUGGCAAUAAAUGGAAUUUCAAGAAGAUGGUAAGCUACAAAGAAAUGCUUGAUACAAUUAAACAGCGAUGGCCUGAGCUGGAAAAAUUGCCGUGUGAAGCCUCCAGCACAGCCAAGAGUUAUAAGGUGCCACAUUUUCAAGGACAAAUCAGUUUUAUCACCUCAAUGUCAGAGCACUUCUGUGGAUCCUGCAACCGUCUGAGGAUAACAGCAGAUGGAAACCUAAAGGUGUGCCUUUUUGGAAAUUCAGAAGUGUCCUUGAGAGAUCACCUGCGSUCAGGUGCCACAGAGGAAGACCUGGUUCAAAUCAUUGGAGCAGCAGUGGGAAGAAAAAAGAAACAGCACGCUGGCAUGUUUAACAUUUCCCAGAUGAAAAACCGGCCAAUGAUCCUGAUUGAGGCUACACUGAUGUCUUCCCCGCAGUGCCAAGAUGCCCUGCAGAAUCUUCCAAGUCCAAAACAGCGGGGCCACACAUUUAAUUAUUGGCUGAAUUUGAAAGCACCUUUAUCCAAACUGACAGGAAAAGAUUUUAAGAAGAAAAAGCUUACAGGACAGCUCACCCUGCCAGCGUCUCACCUAGAGCAGCAGCGGCACGUGAUGACAGGAGGCAGCUCUGUCUCCCAAGAGGACUUGAGCUCCGUGUUUGACACAAAGUGCCUUAAGAUGGAGAUUCCUCCUGUUGACCGAGUUUCUGUGGACUCUCAUUCCAAAGAGACAAGUCCAGGAUCUGAAUUCUGCAGCAGCGAUUCUGGCUCUUGCCCCAAAGUAMCUCGUGCCUCUGCUAGCUUGACUCACACAGAUGAGGAGGGACGGGCCACAAUGGUAGAUGUCGGAGGGAAGCCAGAUUCCAGAAGAACUGCUGUUGCUGGUGCUGUGGUCCUCCUGGGUGAGAAAGCAUUCGGGAUGGUGAGGCAGAACCGGGUGAAGAAAGGGGAUGUGCUGGCAGUAGCCCAGAUUGCAGGAAUCCAAGGAGCAAAACUGACCAGCCAGCUAAUCCCGCUGUGCCACAACAUCCCCCUGAACCACGUGGAGGUGUCUCUGAGGCUGGAUGAGGCCAGGCACGCCGUGGAGAUUCGCAGCUCCUGUCAGACCAGCGGGAAGACCGGGGUGGAGAUGGAAGCUCUAACAGCCGCCAGCCUGGCCGCCCUCACCGUGUAUGACAUGUGCAAAGCGGUCACUCACGACAUCGUCAUCGAGGAGGUGAAGCUGCUCAGUAAGACAGGGGGGCAGAGGGGAGACUUCUUAAGGGUCUAGCUCAUACCCAGGCAUCCCUGCUCCUCCUUUGCACCACUGCUCCCACACAGCCACUUUUCUUAGAGAAGCUUUUCCUCAGCUGCAUUAGAGACCUCUGUAAAUGCACCCUACAUCCACAUAACCCCUGUGUCUUACCCUACCCUGUCACCCCACUGCUGGGUGAACAGUGAAGCCACCUGCUCGUCACGUCUGUUUUCCAUAGAACAGAUCACUCCCCUUUCAGUGUCUUCACUGUGAGCUUGAGCAGAGACUCUGCUCUACUACAGAGCUUCUUCCUCUUGCUGUGAAGUAUUCAGAGGUGCUGUCAUCACACUAUGAACUGUGUGAGAGCUCUGGAAACAGAGCUACUGCUGAAAGGACAGUUGUUGGGCAACUAUUUUUAAGCUGAGGACGAGGACUUCAGAAUUGUCUUUGCCCCUUCCCCCCCCCUGCCCCACAGAUUGUAUUUAGAUGGUUGACAGAAAAUAAAACAGCUCAGGGACUUAACCGUACAACAGGAUGAUAAUUUUGGAAUAAUCAGGGUCGGCCUCUCUCCCGUUGCAUUGUCACUGUUUCCCUCGUCCACCAGUUGGAGAACUGAUAUUCAGGGAUCUGUUUCAAAAGGAAAAAAGGGAGAGCAAGGCAGCUGCCCAGCCCUCUGCUUUGAGGGCUCUGUGAAGCGCAAUAUAGAAGAUAAUAUAGGAAGUUUAUGGUGUUGAAUUACUUUGCUGAUCUGAAAGACACCCCAUACCCUGUCCCAGGCGUGUUCCAGGAUCUGGCCUAAUGAGCAGGCAAACACAGCGCCACAGCACCAACUCUGCYGGGGUGCACGUUGCACAAAGCCCCCAAAGGCUUCGCCCUUCUUCAGUCCUGCAGGCCACUUCCUCAUAAGCAGCCACACAUAAGGGGCCAGAAGCAACGUUCCUGUGGUUUUCAGUAAUGUUGGCAUUGACUGCCCUGGGUUAAUUAAUUGCUCAGCAYUGUUUUAUCAAGAGUGAUGGAGCCCAUGAAAUACAGGUGACCCUGCGUGUGCAGCGGGGUUGGACUAGGUGACCUCUGAGGUCCCUUCCAACCUUCAGCAUUCUGUGAUUCUAUGAAGUUCCCGAACUAAACUGUGUCUUCAGCUUGGCUUGUUUUCCAGUGCUUACCUGAAGCUUCACACUAGCAGAUACUCCAAGGUGCUCCCUUUCAGUACGCACAACCAGCUGCAGACACUAACAGCCCUAACUACUUUAAACACCCUAUUGAAAAAUAAUCCUAAACUUUGCACGUAGCCACUUCCCAUGGCAUAAGCUGAAGUUUUGCUGAGCACCAGUAAAUCACAUACCAGCACUAUCUCACAUCCCGAUCAUCUAAAGCAAGCACAGCUCAACAUAGAGGAGGUAGUGGAUUUUUGUAUAAAUAUAUUUGCUUACAUUUUACAACUCCUACACACUAGUUACCGCAGCAGCCACUAGAAAUGACACUUUUUCCAUUGCUAGUGAAUUAAUUUGGUUGGUCCUUUGUUGCUAUUGUGGGAUAAGGCAGAUGCUGCAACGCACAACUAACAGCUUCUUCUGAGCCUGCUCCRGAGUAGGGGAAGGGAAGGAGUCCAGAAAACUUGAUAGGAGAGGGAGAGAGGGAUACUCAGCUCCAUAGAGAUUUGUACACCUGUAUUCAGUGCUGUAGCCCCACUUCCUUUGAUGUCACAUACGCCAGAGAGGAGCAAUGAGUUAUCCUGGCAAGCAGCUGCAGGGCCCCUCUCCCAGGGAUCCCGCGGAGGCUCCCUUCCUCAGGGAGGCUGCCUGAAGUGGAAGGGAGAGCCCUGCCGAGCGCUCCAACAUCACUGCCACCGUGCARAUGUCCUCUAGCUUACACAGCGAGAGGAAGCCUGACCUGCCAAUGCCUAAGGAAGGAGUCAGUAAUAACAGCACGUGGAGGAAAGACCAGGCCUUUGGGGUGGCCUAAUAAAACCGCAAAACUCCAAGUCUGGCUUUGCAGGCUUCCUCCUGCAGGCUUCCUCCUGCAAGGAAGGAAGGGAGCUCCUGCCUGACACCAUCCCAUCCCACUCGGGCACAAGGUAGGUUUCCAAAACAAGGAGAGACGAGAGGUCGAGUAGCAACCAAAAGGUGCUCUGGGGCUUGUGGCUCCCUGAGGAGGUUGUUGUCCUGCUGCAGGGCUCCUGCCGUGGCCAGCAGCUCCUGGGGGACAGCGCACACGGCCCACACGCACAUGCAGAACUCCCUCCUUCCUUGCUGGGGUGGAGGGUGUCCAUGCAGAAGCUUGGGGCAAAUGGGUUUCGGUGCCAUUUUAUGCUCGUGUUACAU